AUGUCUAAUCCUGCUUUACAAGUGUACGGUGGGGAUGAAAUAUCUGCAGUCGUGAUCGACCCGGGCUCCUACAGAACUAACAUAGGGCUUGCUGGCACUGACUGUCCAAAUGUCUCAAUUCCUUCACAAUAUGGUUGUUAUAAGGAAGAUACCUCAGCUGGCGACAAAAGUGAAGAGAAUGAUAAGGAGGAUAAGGCAGACAUUGAUAAUAAUAUGAAUAAGAAGAAACAUGUCUUUCCCGAACAAUCUAUUGCAUUCCCUAGAAAGGAUUAUGAAAUCAAGCCUAUUGUUGAAAAUGGUGUAGUAACGGAUUGGGAUGUUGCACAGGAGCAAUGGUCAUGGGCUCUUGAAAAAGAAAUGUACCUGGAAUCUAACAAGGGUAUGCCAGUUUUAUUAACUGAACCGAUAUGGAAUCCAGUAGAGAACAGGAAAAAAUCAUUAGAAGUAUUACUAGAGGGCCUAGAGUUCGAGGCUUGUUAUCUGGCAUCUACCGCAUCAUGUGUUUCUUUUGCUGCUGGUAGGCCUAACUGUCUAGUUAUAGAUAUAGGGCACGAUACGUGCAGUGUAAGUCCUGUUGUAGACGGUAUGACAUUAUCAAAGAGCACUAUGAGAAGCCCGUUUGCAGGGAAGUACAUGAAUCAUCUUUUAGAUAAAUAUCUGGCACCAAGAGAAAUAAUACCAUUAUUUGCUGUUGCUCAAAAGAGACCUGAAUUUAAAAAGAAAGAAUUUUCAUUUUCAGUGGAUCCAUCACUGUAUAAAUUCGCUAAUAACCAUGAAAUAUUCCAAGAGAUGAAAGAGACCCUUUGCCAAAUAUCACCUGAUGGUCCCUUAGAAAAUAUGAAGGAUCAACUAGAAAGCCAAGCAAAAAGAUCAAUUGAAACACAAUGGGGAGAAACUAUUGUAUUCGAUAACACCACAAGAUACGGAUUUGGCGAACAACUUUUCAAUGUUAAAAGUGAUGAUGUUCCAUCUGACUGGGAAAUAUCUAAAGAUGGUACUGUUGAAACAUGGCAUAAUGACUACGUUCCUUUGAAAAGAAACAAACCAAGCGGUGGCAAUAAAGACGCGUCUGUGGCUCCUAGUGAGAGUAGUGUAAAUCCAGAUGAAACACCAAACGAAAAUGGUAAAAGACCUUUAGGUGUAAAGAAAAAUGAUAUAGCAGGAAUAGCAGACCUAGCUUACCUAUCUAUUAUGGCAAGUGAUGUAGAUUUACGGGCCUCCUUGGCACAUAAUAUUGUCCUAACUGGUGGAUCAUCCCAAAUACCGGGAUUAGGUGACAGACUAAUACAUGAGCUAGGGGGUAGACUUCAAGCACUUAAAUUCAGAAUAAUGUCAUCUGGUCAUACCAGCGAGAGACAAUACCAAAGUUGGUUAGGUGGUAGUAUCUUGUCUAGUUUAGGUACCUUCCAUCAAUUAUGGGUUGGCAAAGAAGAAUAUGCCGAAGUUGGUGCAGACAGGUUAUUGACAGAUAGAUUCAGAUAA